AUGUGCCACGCCAGGAAUCCUGACCAGCCUUCGGGCUCGACCGUCAUUCCCAACCGCGAGGUUCUACCGACUAAUGUCAAGCCAUUGCAUUACGACCUCACUCUGGAGCCCGACUUUGAAAAAUUCACCUACGAAGGCACGGUCGUCGUGGAUCUUGCUGUCAAUGAGGACACAACCUCAAUUGCAUUGAACACGAACGAAAUCGACAUCCACAGCAGCGUGAUCUCGGUCGAUGGAGUCGCCGUUGCGUCCAACCCUACUGCGUCCUACGACAGCGAUAACCAGGUGACCACGCUUCAAUUCCCCACCACCAUCCCGGCUGGUUCCAAGGCCCAAUUGAAGCAAACAUUUACUGGAAUUCUGAAUGACAACAUGGCUGGAUUCUACCGCUCGUCGUUCAAGACAGCCGACGGUGGCACUGGGUAUAUUGCUUCUUCGCAGAUGGAGCCGACGGAUGCUCGCCGCGCCUUCCCUUGCUUCGAUGAACCGGCUUUGAAAGCGCAAUUCACCGUGACGUUGGUUGCCGACAAGCACAUGACAUGCCUGAGCAAUAUGGAUGUUGCGUCUGAGACAGAGAUUGACUCGAAAAUCACCGGCGGAAAGAGAAAGGCCGUUAGGUUCAACAAGAGCCCCGUCAUGUCUACCUAUCUCUUGGCUUUCAUUGUUGGUGAACUGAAGCAUAUCGAGACGAACGACUUCCGCGUUCCAAUUCGUGUGUACGCUACUAUGGACCAGGACAUUGAACAUGGCCGCUUCUCGUUGGAUUUGGCCGCAAAGACUCUUGCUUUCUAUGAAAAGGCUUUUGAUAAUGAAUACCCAUUGCCUAAGAUGGACAUGGUUGCUAUCCCUGACUUCAGUGCCGGUGCUAUGGAGAACUGGGGUUUGAUCACAUACCGAGUUGUUGAUGUCCUUCUGGACGAGAAAACCAGUGGAGCUUCCAUGAAGCAACGUGUUGCCGAGACGGUUCAGCAUGAGCUGGCCCAUCAAUGGUUCGGUAACCUGGUCACCAUGGACUUCUGGGAUGGUCUCUGGCUCAACGAGGGAUUCGCUACCUGGAUGUCAUGGUACUCGUGCAAUGUCUUCUACCCCGAGUGGAAAGUCUGGCAAAGCUACGUCAUUGAUAGCUUGCAGAGUGCUCUCUCGCUUGAUUCGUUGCGCAGCAGUCACCCCAUCGAGGUGCCUGUAAAACGUGCAGACGAGAUCAACCAAAUUUUCGACGCCAUCUCCUAUAUGAAAGGCUCCUCUGUCCUUCGUAUGAUUUCCAAGUACAUGGGCGAGGAAAAAUUCCUCCAGGGCGUUCGGGACUAUAUCAAAAAGCACGCCUACGGUAACACCCAGACUGGUGACCUCUGGGCUGCCUUGGCCAAUGCCAGUGGCAAGCCCGUUGAGCAGGUUAUGGAUAUCUGGACCAAGAACGUCGGAUACCCGGUCGUUCAGGUUACCGAGAAUGCCAGCGCUGGAACAUUGAAGAUCCAGCAAAACCGUUUCCUCCGCACCGGUGACGUCAAGCCGGAGGAAGAUCAGACGAUCUUUCCCGUGUUCUUAGGUCUCAGAACGAAAGAAGGGGUGUCCGAAGACCUUGUCUUGGAUAAACGUGAAGGCGAAUUCAAGAUUCCCGACCUCGAUUUUUUCAAACUGAACGCAGACCACUCUGGGUUGUACCGGACAUCUUACACCCCUGAGCGACUGGAAAAGCUUGGACAAGCUGCCAAGCAGGGACUCCUGACUGUCGAGGACCGUGCUGGCAUGGUUGCCGACUCGGGCGCUCUGACGGCAGCUGGCUAUCAAAGCACUUCUGGGUUGCUGUCCCUCCUCAAGGGCUUCAACACCGAGUCGGAAUACAUUGUGUGGAACGAAAUGCUCACACGUAUUGGAAGCAUCCGCGCGGCCUGGCUGUUUGAGGAUAAGAAGAUCAGCGAUUCGGUCAAGGCCUUCCAGCGUGGAUUGGUCAGUGAGAAGGCUCACCAGAUUGGAUGGGAGUUCUCCGAGCAAGACGGCCAUGUCUUGCAACAAUUCAAAACCUUGCUCUUUGGCAGUGCUGGAUCAGCCGGCGAUCCGACAGUGGUAGCGGCCGCGCAAGACAUGUUCAAGCGCUCUGCCGAAGGCGACCACAGCGUCAUUCACCCUAACAUUCGCGGAAGUGUUUACAACAUUGUCUUGAAAAACGGUGGUGAAAAGGAAUACAACAUUAUUCUAGACCGAUACCGCAACGGCUCCACCUCGGAUGAGAAGAACACGGCCCUCCGAAGCCUCGGCGCGGCCGAGGACAUUAAGUUGGUGCAAAGGACUUUGGAUUUGGCGCUGAACGGCGAAGUCAGAAGCCAAGAUGUAUACAUGCCACUUGCUGGACUGCGCGCUCACGCUACCGGUGUGCAAGAACGAUGGAAGUGGCUGAACCAGAACUGGGACACACUGGUGGAGCGAUUCCCGCCUGCACUGUCGAUGCUCGGCACGAUCGUCCAGCUCACCUCUGCAGCGUUUAGCACUGAGGCGCAGUUCAAGGAUGUGGAGGCUUUCUUUGCCUCCAAGGACACCCGGGGAUUCGACCGAGCCGUCAGCCAGAGCUUGGAUUCUAUCCAGUCCAAGAGCAACUGGGUCCAGCGUGAUCAUGCAGAUGUUGAACAGUGGCUGAAGACCAACGGCUUUCUGCUCGAGCAGAAGCUAUAA